AUGGAAGGUGAAGGCACCACGAAAGCAGAUGGCCCUGUGAAGCCAGGCCAUCCCUUGAAACCCUUUGCUUAUGUGAAACCUAUCAGAUAUGAGACGCCAGCAUUCACAGCUCAUCAUAGAGAGAGAUGCCAAGGCCACCAAACAGUGACAGUGCACAGAGAUGGGCUGCAAGGCCCUUGCCUCCACGCAAUCCAGCCUGGGACAGGACUGCAGGAGCUACCCAAUGCCUCUGGGUAUUGGGUUCUCACGAAUUCCCCAACUUCAUCCAUCUAUCCCUGCUUAGGGUUCAGACCCUUGGAGGGCUCAACUUUGCUCUUCACACAGACCCCUUCUGGUACCUUUGUGUACGGGGUCCCAGAAUUUUUCACCCACAUUGCACACUGA